AUGUCAAUGCUAAUAACCCGUUUGCUGCCUGCCCAGACAAGGACUGAAGCAUCAGCGACGGCGAGGCCGAGUGCUCCUGUCAACUCAACUAUCUUCGCCGGUAGUACGGAGGAAGAGGACGGCAAUGAGUGGUACAAGUCCAUCGCCCGUGACGCUCAAAGGCUAGAGCAGAUGGAGGAGCCAGAAAUCCGGGAGAUGUAUUCCCGCUGUAACUUCCCGGCAGACGGACGCGAGCUGACCCUGGAAGGCUACUGCAAGAUAUGGGGCGUCCACCCAUCCGAGCUUGACCCAGACGAACCUGGCCCGUCGACGAAGAGGCAGAGCAGGGUGCCCCCUCUCGCGGACGACGAGGUCGCCAAGUUCGACUGCGGCAUCUGCCUGGAGACGCUCCCCAUCCUGGACCUCUUCCACGGCAUGCAGUGCGACCACAAGUUCUGCGCGCAGUGCAUGGCCACCUACAUCGAGGGCAGGAUCCGCGACGGCGGCGUCUCCAUCCUGUGCCCCAGUUGUAAGAUUGUGGUCGAGAGGAUCAUGGGGUGCGAUACUAUGCACUGCAGAUGCGGAAGUCUCUUCUGUUACAAAUGCGGGCGCCUGAUGGCCCUGAUGGAAGCCGAGCUGGACGAAGGAGCCGAGCUGUGCCAAUGCCGCCACAACGUCUUUCGUCUCCGCGUCCCCCGCCCCCAGCCCGGAGCUCAUCAGACAAACCUAAACCUCAACUAG